UCGAACGCCAGUACCGCAAACGCUUCCAGCCUACCUACCACCGCGAGGAAGUCACCGUCGAGCACUUUCCUGCCCGCUCUCACCACUCGGGUCACUCUCACCACGCGGGUCACUCUCACCACUCUCACGUCGACGAGUACACCGUCGAAUCCCACUCUGAGCGCCCUCGCCCUCAGUACCAGGAAACCGUAAAGGUUACCGAAGAGACCGUCGAGACCGCUCACGUCUCCCGCCCCCAACACAAGUCCAAGAUGGGUUACUACGACGAAGAGGGCCCUGAUCGCUACGAGGUUGCCGAGAUGCGCUCCUCCGUCUCCCGCCGCUCCGCUUCUCCGGCCCCCGCCGCCGCCGGCGGUCCCCCCCUCCUCCCCAACACCGUCACCAUCCCCUGCCACCACAUCCGCCUCGGCGACUUCUUGAUGCUCCAGGGCCGCCCCUGCCAGGUCAUCAAGAUCUCCACUUCGGCUGCCACCGGCCAGUACCGCUACCUCGGUGUCGACCUCUUCACCAAGCAGCUCCACGAGGAGUCCUCCUUCAUCGCCAACCCCGCCCCCAGCGUCGUCGUCCAGACCAUGCUCGGCCCCAUCUUCAAGCAGUACCGCGUCCUCGACGUCUCUGACGGCCACGUCACCGCCAUGACCGAGACCGGCGACGUCAAGCAGGGCCUGCCCGUCAUUGACCAGUCCAACCUCUGGACCCGCCUCACCAAUGCCUUCGAGUCCGGCCGCGGCAGCGUUCGCGCCCUUGUCCUUCAGGACAGCGGCCGCGAGCUCGUCGUCGACGUCAAGGUCGUCCACGGCUCUCGUCUGUAAACGCGCAUCGUGUUAUGUCUGGGUAUCUAGCUUAUAUGUCAUGUACGAAUUACAGAUGAUCAAAGGGUAAUGGAGAAUUUGAAGACGACUUUUUUUUAUGGACAAAAAACAUACCGGAUACAGGAUCCUCGGAGUCUUUCGCGUAGAUAUAUAGCUCUGUAUAUGAUCCAUCAUCCAUGUGUUGGUGCCACCGUCGCUGCUCGUGUGUCUUUU